AAUAGAGGUGCAAGAGAAAAGAGAAAGGAAUCAAGGAUUCAACCAAAAUUCAUCUUCCCCACAAAACCACCAAAAGCAAAAGCAAGCGCCAAGCAGGCUCCCAAGUACACACAGGGAGAGAGAUGUUGUUCCAGGUGGGAGGUCAAGGUAGUCGUCCCACCUUCUUCGAGAUGUCCGCUGCCCAACAGCUUCCCUCCAGUCUACGGGCUGCUCUUACCUACUCCAUCGGUGUUUUAGCGCUAAGAAGGCCUUUCCUCCAUAAAGUCUUGGAUUAUGAAGACGAGUUCUUUGCUGCCCUUACUCUCAUUCUAGAAACCCAUAGUUUACGAACCACAGAUGCUUCAUUUGCAGAGUCUUUAUAUGGCCUAAGAAGGAGAGCAGUUAAUAUCCACAUGAAAAAGGAGGACCUUCGUAUAGAAACAGGAAACAGAAGUCAGCAUUCUGGAAUAAGAAAGCAUCAAAAGCUUCUCUCAGUUGUGUUUCUGGUUGUGUUGCCAUAUCUCAAGUCAAAGUUGCAUUCAAUCUACAAUAAAGAAAGAGAAGCUGCACUUCAAGCCAGUCUCUGGGGAAAUGUCAAUGAAACAUUUGAUCAAAUUGAGAAUUUAGGUGACAUGGACACUUCAUUUGCUUCAACCAGCAGUCUGGAUACACAUACAGAGUUGUCAGUGAGAACACAAUUCAGGAAAAGAAUGCAUAAGAUUGUUGCCACUUGUUACCCUUGGGUCCAUGCUGGAAGUGAAGGAUUAGCAUUUGCUUACCAGUUGUUAUACCUAUUGGAUGCUACUGGAUUCUACUCCCCGGGAUUACAUGCACUUGGACUCCAUGUUUGUAGAGCUACAGGACAAGAACUGAUGGAUACAUCUUCAAGAAUUUCCAAAAUAAGAAGUAAUGAACGUGAAAGACUUUGUGGGCCUCCUUGGGUAAAGGCAGUACAAGGAGUAUUGCUGAGUUGUGGUUAUGCAGUUCUUGACUAUGCACAAACUGGUCUCAUAGCUGCAGUAUUUGGUUUUAAGAUGAUGGAAUGGUGGUACCAAUCUGCUGAGGAGAGAAUGUUGGCUCCUACUGUGUAUCCUCCACCACCUCCUCCUCCCCCACCUAAGGUGGCGAAGGAGGGUAUCCCACUGGCAGCUGACCGGACAUUAUGUCCUCUGUGUUCACAGAAGCGUGCAAAUCCAUCAGCAAUUACGGUUUCUGGGUUUGUGUUUUGCUAUGCUUGUGUAUUCAAGUAUGUUUCACAGUAUAACCACUGCCCGGUUACAUUGGUUCCUGCAUCUGCUCACUCCACUUGUGUUGAGCUCACUGAGCUCCACCUCAACUCUAUCUCAACCCACCAAGAAUGUAUAAAACUUUUGUCAUGGUUAGGGAGUCGGGAAGAAGAGAGGAAAAGAAAGAGUGGCUCGUGGGAGAAGAGAGACUUUCUCUCUCAUCUUCAAGCAAUUGCCGCCUUAAACACCGAGCUCAACAUGCCGAGCUACAGGCGUAGUAUUUGUCGAGCUGACUCAGCUUUGCUGGCAUAG